AUGACUCAGCACGCGUCCACUCUGGCGGACGCCGCGCCUGGCGUGCAGUCGGAGGUGCUGGCGUUCGACGCGCCGAAGAGCAUUCCGGGGAUGAACGAGUUUCGACAGCUGCUGACCGACGACCCCGCAUGGCAGGCGAGCAAGACGCCGUGGGAUCUGGGCGGCGUGAUGCCGGCUGUAGCGGCGCUCGUGGCUGCGCAAGAGGGGUCGCCGCUGCACCUGCCGCCCUCCAUCCGCCGCGUGCUCGUCCCCGGCUGUGGCUCCAACCCCCCAUGCCCUUGCUUGUCUAGAACCCCCCAUGCCCUUGGCACAUCACUACUCUUUCCCAUCGACCUCCCUUCGCCUCCCAUCACCCGUCGUAAUGACAGGAUGGGUGUGUCCAAGGAGAGUCAUGACAGGAUGGGUGUGUCCAAGGAGAGUCAUGACAGGAUGGGUGUGUCCAAGGAGAGUCAUGACAGGAUGGGUGUGUCCAAGGAGAGGAGGCGACCGGCCUUGACAUCUCUCCGGCUGCUGUGGCGCGUGCAGAGGAGGUGGGCGCGUGCAGAGAAGGUGGGCGCGUGCACAGGCGGGUGGGCAGCGCCUGUGCCGCCAGCUGUGCAGCCAUUCGCCCUUCCGCUCUUCGCCCGUCCCUCUGCUCACACCCCUGCCCUCCCACUCCUUUCCUCUCCUCCCCUGCUGCCCAAUAUCUACCCUCUUAACCCGCUCCACCCUCUUAACCCGCUCCACCCUCUCAACCCGCUCCACCCUCUCAACCCGCUCCACCCUCUCAACCUCUCAACCCUCUCCCCCUCCCGCCCAACCUCCUUCCGCCGCUGCUCACCCCAGCGAGUGGAGGGGGCGGCCAACAGGGCGGCCAUGGCGUUUGAGUGCGCCGACUUCUUUGAGUAUCGCCCACCACAGCUCUUCCAUGCCAUCGUUGACUGCCCCUUCUUCUGUGUGCUGCCGCCAUCGCUGAGGGGCAAGUGGGCGGCCAAGACAGCGGAGCUGCUUGCACCACACGGGGUGCUCUUCACGCUCAUGUUCCCCAUCGGUGCCCACGAGGGCGGCCCGCCGUAUGCCGUCUCCAAGGACAGGUGUGCCCCUCUUGUCUCUCGUCUCCCCCUCGCCCCUGGCCCCCUUGUCCCCCCUGUCUUCCCUGUCCUCCUUUUCCCUGCUCUCUCCUCCUUACCCCCCUGUCCUCCCUGCUCCCCCCUGUACCCCCUGCUCCCCCCUGCCCCCCUGCUCCCACUGCUCCGCCCAUCCUGGGCUUCUGCAUUCCUGUUCCCCACCUCCCUCCGUGCCUCCCUCCGCGCCUCCCUCCGCGCCUCCCUCCGCGCCUCCCUCCGCGCCUCCCUCUGA